AGUCACUCCGGCCCCAGUUGUUGUUUGCAUCACUCGCGAGGGGGACGUGUGGAAUUUACCGCGUUAUACUCUCCAUGUCUUUUGCAUCACAUGUAUGAGCUCACGCUGCUUCCUGCAGCUGACUCUGUGCUCCGUGGUCCUGGAGGAUUUCUUCUUUUUCUGGCCUGGACAUGCAAUCUUCGCCUUGCUACGGUUUUCAUUUUCUGCUCGUAACUCGUGCUGCUGGCUCCAAGAAAGUGGAAUUCACUUUCAUGGAAUAGCAAAAAUUAGCUUUUCUCCUGCAGAAGAAGCCAGAAGACCAUUAAUCUGUAUUCUUCAUCCAUUGAUUUGAAGCUGUCCAGUUUUUUACAUCUAAUAAAAAGGACCAUCUCUCUCCUAAAGACAGAAUAAACAGCUUCAAAGACAAACCAUUCUCUAGAUCUGUGGACGCGUAUCAGUUGGAUAUACUUUCCAACUUAAUUUCUGUACAACCUUCAUCAUCUAGCAAAUGGAGUAACUCUCACUUGGGACAGUUUUGAGACAUCUCUACACCCCUAUCGUAAUGCAGAUGGUCAUGGUCAAAUUUAGUUUUGAACCCACAACCCACUGCGUUCCAUGAAGAGGUUUGGCAGCCUGAGGAGGAGCAAGAAACGGAAGGAGCAAGAUGGGCUAGGAGGAAGGCAUCAGUCCGAGGCAUCAUGUCUGUCUGCCUCAGGACUCUCCACACCACCCACAACCCCAACCCAGUCGUCCAGCCAACCCGUGUUCACCCAGGAGGCCCAGACGAGCAGGCCCAGCCCCGAACGCCUGGAGGCGAGCUCCCGAUCCCGCUCGCUCUCAACGCCUCCAGACACAGGACAGCGCCUCUGCCUUCCCUCUGCUAAACCCCCGAUCCCUUCCUCAAACCCCAUGCCAUCUUACUCUACCUCACAACAAGUCUACGGUUUAUUCGAAGGCAUGCUGGAGAAACUUGAACUAGAUGAUGAUGCUGCUGAACCUGAGAGUGAUAUUUACAUGCGCUUUAUGAAAUCCCACAAGUGCUACGACAUCGUCCCCACAAGUUCCAAGCUGGUUGUGUUCGACACGGCGCUCCAAGUUAAGAAAGCUUUUUUUGCUUUGGUCGCCAACGGUGUGCGAGCUGCUCCACUAUGGGACACAGAGAAGCAAAGCUUUGUGGGAAUGCUGACAAUCACAGAUUUCAUCAUCAUACUACACAGAUACUAUAAGUCACCGAUGGUGCAAAUUUAUGAAUUAGAGGAACAUAAGCUUGAGACAUGGAGAGAGGUUUACCUUCAAGCUACAUUCAAACCUCUGGUGAACAUAUCGCCUGAUGCAAGCCUGUUUGAUGCAGUGUACACCCUCAUCAAAAACAAAAUUCACCGUCUGCCUGUCAUCGACCCUGUCACGGGGAAUGCACUUUAUAUUCUCACACACAAGAGGAUCCUCAAGUUCCUCCAGCUUUUUAUGUGUGAAAUGCCAAAGCCAGCUUUCAUGAAGCAGACUCUCGGGGAGCUGGGCAUUGGUACGUACCACGACAUUGCUUUCAUCCACCCGGACACGCCCAUCAUCAAAGCACUCAACAUCUUUGUGGAGAGACGAGUGUCUGCCCUGCCUGUGGUGGAUGAGUCUGGCAAAGUGGUGGAUAUUUACUCCAAGUUUGAUGUGAUUAACUUGGCUGCUGAGAAGACGUACAACAACCUGGACAUCACAGUGACGCAGGCUCUGAAACAUCGCUCUCAGUACUUCGAAGGAGUCAUGAAGUGCCACAAAAUGGAAACAAUGGAGACCAUUGUGGACAGAAUAGUCAAAGCUGAAGUGCAUCGGUUGGUCGUGGUGGACGAGCGCUCCAGCAUCGAGGGCAUCGUCUCCCUGUCGGACAUCCUCCAGGCUCUGGUGCUCAGCCCUGCAGACGCCUGUAAGGAGGAGAACUUGGCUGAGUGAGGAGGAGGAAGCAUCAGUGGAAGCAGAGACGUGGCGGAAGUAAAUAAGUUUGAAGGUUCAGGUAGGGAGCGUGAGGCUGACGGAGUCGGUCUGAAGGUCCCAGAGACGCCUGCAACUGGUGCACUAUAGAGGCUUAGAAACCAAAGAGCUAGACAGCUGAAUGAAGUGGAGUUCCUGCACUGAGGAUUGAUUUUUUUGAAUUUCUUUUUUUUGUUUGUUUGUUUGUUUGAACACUGAUCAGAUAAACACACACAUAGUGUGUUGUAUUUAUACACACACACACACACACACACACACACACACACAUUACGGUCACCAGCCAGGAAAAGGUGGGAAAGUCGAUGAAUGAUUUAGGGCUUUAGUGUUUUGGGUUGUGUAGUUAUCAUCAUGCUGCUGCUCAUCAGUGGAUUUUUAGUCGCAUUUUGUAGACGAUACUGAAUGUCAUUACAUCAAGGAAAACUUCGUUCUCCUCAGUAUUUGGUGGAGAAAGGUGAAUAUUCACAGAUGCAACUUACUGUUUGGUAGCAAAUCUACACUUCACCCACAAUGUGGCCAUUAUAUGAGUGUCAUCAUUAUAAAAACAGUUUGCUAGUGCCAACAUGGAGGGAUUGAUGCUCAAUAUUAAUUUGUGCCUUUUGUUUGCCCCGCCCUUGGCAGUUAAAACUGACGGGCUUUGCGUCCUUUGACUUUUUUACUGUCAAACGAGUGCAAUUAUUUGGAUUUUUUAAAUUUACAUAUGAAUGUGUGAUAAAGAAGUGAUUCUACCUUAUAAUUCAAAAGACCAUUUCAUUUUAUUCGGUUGCGUUUUCUUUCAUUUUAAAUCAUGUCAGACAUGUCAAGAAGUUCUGUUAAAUAUAUUUAAUUCUAAAAAGAAAAUCCUCAAUAGAAUCUGAAUCAUUUUAGCACAAAAACACGCAGCGGUCAGAAGCAAAUGUAAACGAGUAAGGAUUGUGUCAGCCAGGAACCACGAGCGAGUACCUCUCGCUCAUUUUACAUCAGUAGUCAUUGCGACUUCAGGAUUAUUCUUUGUAACAAUAUUACAAGACAAGCUUUUUUUCCCAUUUAUUGUCAGUUGUUUUGACGCUUCAGAUACUCAAAAACAUCCAAAUCAACUCGGUUAUCUCAGCUGUAGCUCGACAGGACUCAUCUCCAUCUUUGACUGUAAAUAGGUUCGUUUUUCGGGAAACGUGUCACAUAAAGCUUUAUUUUUAUGAAUGUGUCAACAUGUUUAAAGAGACUGCGGUUUUAAUGUUAUUUUUGUAAAUAUAUUGUGGCAAUAUGUCCGGUUCAAAGAGACUUUGUAUCAGAUCAACAUGUACUGUAAAUGUGCAAGCAUGAGAAACUACACUUCAGCAGUAUGAAUGUUCUUUGUUUUACUUUUUCUAUUUUUCUGGCUGCAGAAAAAUAAAUGGACACUGAAUGUACUUUAAA